UAGACUUGUUUUAUGGGACCCAAGCUAGAUUCUUAGUGAGAUAGGAUGUGAGAGACUAAGAGGAUGAACAUUGUUGGUCACGUUUUUGUCUUUCUAUAAGAUCAAAAACAUCACUUGCGCGGGACCCAUGGCAGAUUCUUCGAAAGAGUGAGAGAAAGAUCGAAAGAGAUUCUUGGCUAGAUUUUUUGCAAGGGACCCAAUCAAGGUUCGUGGUGUGAGGGGAUGGACUAUCCAUGGGGCCCGCAUGCGACUUGUGCUUCCGACUGGAGCAGAAACCAUGCAUCGCGACGCGGACCCCUUUUUUGUCUAAUGGAACUAUGCGUGAGAUCGCCAUUGCUGAUGCUUGCUUCAUCUGGAUGGCUUCGUAUCAUUGGUGAAUAUCAGGUCUAAAGGAACCUCUUCCGGUGGUUGAGUUGACUGCUCUCAGACUGUGAUCUGCCUAAGUGCCUACAAGCUGCUCUCCAAUCUCAACCAAGGAUUCCACGAAGCCAGCUCCCCGGCGCCUUGUCCUCCCCAAGUCCCCAACUGCGGCAAACAAUCGCAGGCGACAUGGCGGAGGCCAUAGCCAUAUCACUCUCCGCUAAACUCGGCGUGGUACUGUCCCGCAGCGCCGCCCUGGGCAUCUCGCGCCUCUUAGGUGUCCGCUCCGACAUCGCCGCUGCCAAGCAGGACCUCGACCUCCUCCGCGCCUUCCUCCACUUCGCCGACUCCCGGUACGGCACGGACGACCACGCGGCCGAGUGGGUCAGGCAGGUCCGCGACGCGGCCUUCGAGCUCGAGGACGUCGCAGAUGAGUGCUCGUAUCUCUCCGGCCACGGCCUUGCCCGGGACUGCGUCAACGUCAAGGCCUGGUUUGCCCUUUCGAGGCGGCUGCGCAAGGCUCGGGAGAGGCUUUGCCAGCUGUCCCGGGCUAAGGAGCAGUGGGACGGCAUCCGCCCAGCCGACGGCCCCGCUCCCUCUGUGACCACCAUUAGCGCGAAGCAGGCGGAGAGUGCACACUUUUUGGAAAAGGAGGAGAUCGUCGGCUUCUCUGCACAAGAGAAGCAGCUGCUGGAUUGGGUGGUCAAGGACGCGGAGCAACGGCGGACGUUGGUCGCCGUGUGGGGGAUGGGCGGCGUCGGCAAGACCACCCUCGUCACGGGCGUGUACAAGCAGGUGGCGACGAGCCACUUCGACUGCGCUGCGUGGGUGGCCGUCUCUCGGAGCUUCACAAUGGACGACCUCCUCCGGAAGAUCCUCAAAGAGCUGCACCGUGACGCCCACUGGGGCAGCGUGCGCUCCGAUAGCGAUGUAGGUGCGGACUACCGGUCGCUCAUGGCGGCUAUGCGGGACCACCUCAGCAAAAGGAGGUACCUAGUUGUGCUCGACGACGUCUGGGAUGCCCACCUGUGGAACAAGCUCCGCCUUGCGUUCCUCGACGUCACCAACAGGAGCCGGGUGAUCAUCACCACGCGCAACAGAGACGUGGCCAAGGCCGCGGCGCCCGAGAGGACCAUGAUGCUGGAGCCUCUGCCGUCUCGCGAGGCGUGGGAGCUGUUCUGCGCUGUCGCCUUUAGGGAGGCAUCCGAUUCCGGGCAGACGUGCCCGGGCCACCUGAAAGAGCUUGCUGUCAAUAUUCUACACAAAUGCCGCGGCUUGCCGCUGGCUAUCGUCUCUGUUGGCAACCUCCUCGCGCUCAAGGAGAAAACAGAGUUCGCCUGGAGGAACGCCUACGACUCCCUCAUGUGGGACACGAGAAGCAGCGAUCUUGGGAUAGGGGAGGCGGCAAAAAUAUUGAACCUGAGCAUCGAUGACCUGCCGCACCACCUCAAGAAAUGCUUCCUGAGCUGCAGCGUAUACCCCGAGGACUUGUUGAUCAAGAGGAAGAUACUGAUCAGGAGGUGGGUUGCACGGGGCUUCAUCGAAGAGAAGCCGCGCCAGCGUAAAGCAGAGGAUGUCGCAGAUGAUUACCUGGACCAAUUAGUACAGCGCAGCCUGAUGCAGGUUGUUGAAAGGAAUGAAUUUGGCCGUGUUAAACGGUGCGUCAUUCAUGACCUCAUCAGGGAGUUGAUUAUCCACAGAAGCAGAGAAGAGGAGGGGUUCUUACACUUUGCAAUGUGCAAUAUAACAAUUGAUUGCAAGGUUAGAAUCCGUCAUCUUGCAAUUGACAGAUGUGAAGUAGAUUCCCAUUAUGUUCCGCAAUGGGCCACACCUCGCUCCUUGAAUGCAUUUGGGUCAAAAUUGGAUGCUUCGUUCCUGUCUUGCUUCAGGCUCUUAACCGUGCUAAACCUCUGGUUCGUUGAGAUGAACAAGUUACCCGACUCAGUGACCAAUCUUCACAAUCUGCGGUAUCUCGGGAUCCGUUCCACUCUAGUCAAAGAGCUACCGAAGGAACUGGGCAAAUUGCAGAAGCUGCAGACAUUGGAUGCCAAGUUGUCAAUGGUCCAAAGGCUACCUAGCAGCAUAGCAAAACUGAAGAGUUUGCGCCACCUGAUAGUCUUAACGCGUGAGACGACUGACUUGUUGAAGCCGUAUCCCGGCAUGGCAGUAGGAGUUCCUAAAGGGAUAGAAAACCUGACCAGCCUGCAGACACUCAAAUAUGUUCAAGCUGAUAAGAUUAUGGUUAGAUCCUUAGCAAGGCUGGAGGAGAUGAGGAGCCUAGAGCUGUCUGGCGUAAAUGCGGGCCUUAUCGUCGAUUUGUCAUCGUCAAUCUCUAGAAUGAGCUGCCUUCUACGCUUGGGGUUGGUAGCUGAACCUGGAGCAGACACAGUACUAGACCUGGAAUCAAUUUCUCGACCACCACUGAAGCUGCAAAAUCUCGUUCUGACUGGCAGGUUAGCAAGAGGGAAGCUGCCAUCAUGGAUUUGCUCCCUCACAAGCCUCGUGCAGCUACGGUUAUGUGGUUGCCAAAUUGCACAUGAUUCACUCUUGCUCCUCGCUGCGCUCCCUAGGCUGGUAAAUCUUGGCCUCAUCGCUGCAUACCAUGAGAGGAACAUGGUUUUUGUCCAAGGUAGUUUUCCGACCCUUCAGAAACUCACCUUGGAGGACUUGCCUAACCUUAGUCACAUAGAGUUUCAAGAAGGAUGCCUUGUAAACCUACGCCAUCUGGUGAUUGGCCUGUGCACAAAGCUGACUGAAACACCCCAAGGCAUGGAGAAACUCAUGAUGCAUCUCCAGAAUCUGCAACUUUUUGGCAUGCCAACAGAGUUUGUAGCAAACUUGAAGGAACAGAAUGGUCAUGCUAGAUACCACAAUCCUGCCAAUUCAGAUUUUUAUCAGGCAUAUAGGUUUUUGAAUUGCAUUAGAUUUGUUGAAAGGAAUAAGUGAAGAUGGCUCCUAGUCUAGCUCGCCAGUGGCUAGUGGCCUAGUGUAGGUGUGGCGAGCUACUGUUCCUUGCAAACAAGGAAUAACCUGUCGUCUGCAGUUACAGGGUGAGACUAAACCACAAUGCACUCCCUUGCUUUGGGAUUCGCAGAAUGAGCCUCUACACGGGCCAAAUUCCAGCACCUAUUGAUACCGAGCUAAAAUAGUCCGGUAUUCACGGAUACCGAGCCGAACUUAUAUUUUGUACAUUUGAUAUCUAAUUUCAUGUUUACCAAAUACACCUUAGGAAGACCCCUGUGGUCAUCGAUCAUUGAUCAUGCUUUUUGUCACA